CUCACUGUUGGGCUAUUCUGCCCGGAAAAGAAACACUAUAAUAAGUGAGGAAAAAGAAGAGAAAAAAGAGAAAAAAUCUGUCUUUGAGUGAGAACAAAAGAAACAAGUGUUGUCGUCCGAAAUUCGAGCUUUGAAGAAAAAGGGUCCCACUAAGACGAGAAAGAGAAAGAAGAGGGAAAAAAAAGCUGGUUUCUUGGGUCCCAGUGGAAGACCAAUUAAACGCCAUGCUCCCCCCUCCCCUGAAUUCCUCAAUAAUUAUCACCAUCUCUGCAAGCCACCGUUCCUUUAGGACUUUAGCCUUUACUCUCUCUCUCUCUCUUAUCCUUACCUGCAACUCACUCACCGGCUUAGCUCGGCUCAGCUCAGCCAGUUCAGCGCGUGAGAACUACUCUCUUAUCCCCUAAAGGUUUCAAAAUAUGCUGUUUUUUUCUCCGUUUUUAAGCCGCUAGCUUUUGAAAGUUCAAAAACCAAACUCGCGGCUUGUUGUUUAGGUGCUUUGAUUUGAUUUGAUUUUUUUUUUUGGGGAUGAGAAAUUUCUCUCUUUCUCUGUAUGUAAAAAAGCUUGUUUCUUUCCUCUAAUCUCCUUUGUCUCUUGCAAUCCUCGUCUGAUUUGUUUGGUCAUUGGUCUGAGCAGCAGUGCAGUAGUCACUUUCUCUAACACUGCAAACGCACAGACCAUCCCAAAAUUAGUACGUUUCCUCUUCUGCUCUUCAAACCCUUCUUCUUCGUUAUACUAGUAGCUAUACUAAUUACAUACAUAUCAAACAAAUCCCUUGCAAAAGCUCUGCAUUUUUACAGAGAUUCCAUCCGCGUCUCUCUCACAACUUCCCCAUUCAAUGGAGAAAGCACCCUCACCCAUCUCCAUACCAGAGAAAAUCCCUCCACAAGACCUACCAGAGGCCUCUCCUAAGCCUUACAAGAAAAACUUUGUUACUAGUCUGAUGGAAGCCGCUACUCUCCGCUCUCCUUCUUUCAAGGAAGAUACCUACUUUAUCUCCCAUUUGAAGUCUUCAGAGAAGAAGGCGUUGCAAGAGCUAAAGGAUAAGCUUAUGGCUUCUUAUGGCCCUGAAGGGGAAUGCACAAUGUGGGGAAUCCCUCUUCUUGGUGGAGAUGAAAAAGCUGAUGUAAUUUUGUUGAAGUUCUUGCGAGCUAGGGACUUCAGGGUCUUGGAUUCUUUUCACAUGUUGGAAAAGUGUCUUGCUUGGAGGAAAGAGUUUAAGGCAGACAAUGUUCUGGAGGAAGACUUGGGAUUUAAGGAGCUUGAGGGGUUGGUUGCUUAUAUGCAUGGCUAUGAUAGGGAAGGGCACCCUGUUUGCUACAAUGCUUAUGGGGUUUUUAGAGACAAGGACAUGUAUGAGAGAAUCUUUGGUGAUGAAGAGAAGCUGAAGAAGUUUUUGAGAUGGAGAGUUCAAGUUCUGGAGAGAGGAAUUAGUCUCCUGCAUUUCAGGCCUGGUGGGAUCAACUCUAUUAUUCAGGUGACUGAUCUCAAAGACAUGCCCAAGAGAGAGCUUAGGGUCGCUUCAAAUCAGAUCCUCUCUCUCUUUCAAGAUAAUUACCCUGAAAUGGUAGCUCGAAAGAUUUUCAUCAAUGUUCCCUGGUACUUCAGUGUGCUGUAUUCAAUGUUCAGCCCAUUUCUAACUCAGCGAACUAAGAGCAAAUUCGUGAUAUCCAGAGAAGGAUAUGCAGCAGAAACACUCUACAAAUUUAUAAGACCUGAAGACGUUCCGGUACAGUAUGGUGGACUGAGUCGACCCAACAAUUUGCAGAACGGUCCUCCAAAACCAGCCUCCGAGUUCACUGUCAAAGGAGGAGAGAAAGUGAACAUUCAAAUUGAAGGGAUUGAGGCUGGUGCAACCAUAACAUGGGACCUGGUAGUGGGAGGCUGGGACUUGGAAUAUAGUGCAGAAUUCGUGCCCAACGCGGAGGGCAGCUACACCAUUGCAGUGGAGAAGCCAAGGAAACUGAGCUCUUCAGAGGCGGCCAUUCACAACUCCUUCACAUCAAGAGAAGCUGGCAAAAUGGUACUUUCUGUGGAUAAUACUACGUCCAGGAGGAAAAAGGUUGCUGCUUAUCGCUAUAUUGUCCGCAAAUCAGCCCUGGUGUAGCUUCAAUAGGAGUUUUAAGAGUAUUUAUCUUAAUUUUUGUUUUACUUUCCAUCUGUCGCUUGAAGGGGUUUAAUUAAUGCUUGUGAACCUUCUUUUUUUUUUUUUAAAUCUACUUCAGAGUACUAAAUUGCUAAUGUGAUGUAUAAAUAUGGAUGUGUUGUUAUCAUCGUAUGGCUUAAUAUAUUCAUACAGAAGCUUCAGUUUAGC